GAACAUCAGAAUCUGUUCUUCUCCCGAAACACCAACGAGACUGUGUMGAAGCACAGAACCACCAAACCGAACCCCGGGGCAACGCAGCACAGCAAAGCAAAGCAAAGCACAGCACAGCACAGCCAACCAACCGAAGGCCUCCGAAAUGGGAAAAAACUCGGGACGGAAAAAGAGCCACCGAAAGAACCACAAGAAAAAGAAGGAGCGUCCCGCGGCGCGAGACCCGAACUUUGUUUCGGAGGCCGGCCCGGGAUGCUUCAUCGCUCGGCGCGGCGGGGUCGGGGACGCGCAGGAGGCCCCCGAUUGGAUGAUCGGAUGGGAGGACGUCGAUCCGGCGGACUUUGUCGAGGACGGCGAGGCGCUGGAGGUCCCGGACAUUGCCCUGGAUCCGGAGGAAUGCACGGUAUCGGUCUGCAACCUGGACGCGCACACCAAGGUGGCCUACGUCACGGUCUUUGAAACGGCGGUGAUCGGUGCCCACGGAAGGGAACUCACCCCGGGAUCGACGACCGACAACGACGGAAAGACCCUGCGGUGCGUCACCUUUGUGGUGCUGUGCCCCCCCUUCGUCUUUGCCCACCUCGGCUACCUCGACCUGCCGGAGGGAAGGGAUCUUUCCUCCGUGGUGAUCGAGAGCGACGUCUCGGAAUGGCGAAAACACCCAGAUCCCUCCGACGAACACCCCUGCCUGCUGGGCUUUCCGCUCGGCCAGGCCCCGGGCACCACGACCGCCUCGUACCUGUGCACCCAGGGCGAGGACGGGGAGCUGACGCACUUCUUUUCCGGGAACCUGCACGCGAUCGACUUUCGGUGCCCAAUCGGGACCGAGGUCCUCGCGGUGGCGGACGGGGUCGUCGCGGAAGCCGGGGACGAGAACACCCUGACGGGAAUCGCCGUGACCAACCUCUUUCGGUGGAACAGCAUACUCCUGGAGGUCGGGGGGGACCGAAGCGGCGGCGGCCCCCUGCUGGUGGAAUACGUCCACCUGUCGAGGACGCUGGUCCGGGCCGGCGACCGCGUGGCGAAGGGGCAGGUCCUCGGAUACAGCGGGAGCGUUGGGUUCAGCCCGGAGCCCCACCUGCACUUUUCGGCCUUUCGGAGCCCCGACCCGGGGGCCCCGACGGUCCGCGUCCGCUUCGAGGGAAAGUCCCCCGGGGGCGCCUUUCUCCCCCGGGCGGGGGAGUGGUACGACGCGGGCGGGAGGGCAGACCCGCCCCCCCGAGCGGCGUGAGCAAGGCCUCCCCGCGGCAGGGCCGUGACACGGGCGGGGUCCGAGGCCGCGUGCGGUGGACACAAGCGGCCACCACGGUGCGAUCCGUCGGACAAGGAAACGCCCGAGGCGAGAGGAAUGGGUGCGUCGCGUGGUUCGUGCCCGCGGGUGAAAACCGAGGCAGGCUCGCGGAACGAAACGAAACGACGGUGGAUCACCGGCUUCCCCGUGCCCGGGACAACAAGACAAACGGAAGGAUGCUACAACGCUGCGUGGUUUGCACGACAAUGAGCCUCUGGUCUUCUCCCGUCCCCCCUUGGAAUACCCCCGGUAUUGAUUUUCUCGGCUUGUUUUAGUGAACUCUCUUUACUCUCUGCUUAAACCCGUGUAGACUCCCAAAACAAUACAAACUACACGUGCGA